AUGUCAAUAAAUUCACUAAAAACGGUCCUUACUUCACCCAUCCUUAAAAAAUUUUUUUACUUUUUAUAUUUUUCCUUUUUUACAGAUACAAAAAUUGAUUUGGACAAUUUUAUGUCAGCCCUAACUGCUUCACUUUCUGGAGAAUUUGAACUCGAUUUAAUUCAAAAUUCGCUGGAUUCUGUUGUUGAAUUGGCUAAAUCUGUUGGGUUUUCUUUUGCUUUAAUUUCGCCUUCUUUAAAUUUAUUAAUUUUGAAUACCCAAAAUAUUCCAAAAAUUUUGUGUUGGAAAACUUUGAAAAAAUUAAAUGAUGUGUUGCCUGAUGGGGCUAGUUUGUUGAAUGAACAUUUUGAAGUUUUUGUUGACAAAUUUUUUGAAUAUUUUGAAGAAAAUGGAGAAGAAAAGAUUUCCAAUUCUGAAGAAGCUUUGGAACUUGCUGAAUUAAUUGCUUCAUUAAUUCGAACAUUUGCUCCAAUUUUACAAAUUUCUAUUUUAUUAAAAUUGCAACACAAAGUUUGUUUGACGAUUUUGGCACCAUCUCCUUGGAUUGGAGCAAUUAAAUUAUUAAAUGCUUUGCUAGAAAAUAAUCAUGAGGGCAUUCCAGUGCCUAUACAGGUAGCAUCAAAUAUAUUUUUCCGUGAAUAUAACACUGAAAGUACUCAAUUUAAAGAACAAAUAAUUAAAGGAAGGGGGUUAUGUCAAAUAUAUAAACGCCCAAAACGUUUAUUUUUGGGACAAUCAAAAGAGGAAGAAGCUAUAAUUGUUAAUGAAUCUGUUGUUGUUUAAACUAUAUAAAUCCGCUUGAAGGUCUCUAAAAAAUUAUUUUUUUUGCUUAACUAUAAAAGAUUAAUUUGUUUUCUAUACAAAAAUUAAAAAAAUUAAUUUUUGGCAUUCAUCAAAUAGGGCGAAUGAAAUUUGGGUACUUGUGUAGUUUACCCCCCAUAAGUCCCGCCCACUCUCCCUUCCUUUUUUCUUUUAUUAAAAAAUGAGAAUUGGUCUCUAGAUGGGAUACUUAAGAAAUUAAUCCUAGUACAGGCAAAAUUAUUCAAAAAAAUUCUUAUAUAUUUAAAUAAUUCCCUCAUUCCAACUUUUCAAAUAUUUUCCCAUCCGUCUUAUUCAAAUUGUUGCCCCUCAACCUUUAUUUACCUCCUUAUAUCAAUCAAAUACACUUUCCUUCUAUUUUUAUCAUCCUACCGCCCUUCCAGUCACUAUAUAUACUUGUUGUGUUUUCCUCAUUUUCAGUGCUUUUCGGAGCCUUCCCUCACUUGACCCUUCUGUUUCUAUAAAUUUUUAUGUGCUCUUCGGAGUCUC